CAAAGAGGCCGCAAGGGGCGAACUUCUAAAAAUGUUAGCCAAUGGUAACUCACGUCGAUGCAACGUUCUUAACCUACUAUUUGGCACAUCCGGGUGAGCGAUUUGGCCGCGAAGAUGUACGGAGCUAUUCGGGUGCUUCUGCAGGUGUUCUUUGCCCAGCUGCUUUGUGGGUGGGUUCUGGGUUCAGAGCUCACAUUUGAGCUGCCAGACAAUGCUAAACAGUGCUUCUACGAAGAUAUCAUCAUGGGCACCAAAUGUACACUGGAAUUUCAGGUCGUGACUGGGGGUCAUUAUGAUGUUGAUUGUCGUCUGGAGGACCCUGAUGGAACUGUCCUCUACAAGGAGAUGAAGAAGCAAUAUGACAGCUUUACAUUCACCGCUGCCAGAAAUGGCACCUUCAAGUUCUGCUUCAGCAAUGAGUUCUCAACUUUCACGCACAAGACUGUCUACUUUGACUUCCAGGUUGGGGAAGACCCCCCAUUGUUUCCUAAUGAGAACCGAGUCACAGCUCUCACACAGAUGGAGUCGGCGUGUGUGUCCAUCCAUGAGGCUCUAAAAUCCGUCAUUGACUACCAGACACACUUUCGCCUCCGGGAGGCCCAGGGACGCAGUAGGGCAGAGGACCUCAACACCCGGGUGGCCUUCUGGUCCAUCGGUGAAGCCUUCAUCCUCCUGGUGGUUAGCAUUAGUCAGGUGGUCCUGCUGAGAAGCUUCUUCUCAGACAGGAAGACCACUACGACACGUGUUGGAUCAUAAUCAACUUGUACUCCUGGGAUCGUUCUUAUCAUCUUUUUUUUGGCUCAAUACAUUUUACAUUUUAGCAAACCAUAAGUACUUGACAUUGAAUUAGGUCCUGUUGUUUAUUUUUGUAAAUGUUUUCCUUGGUGCUUUAUUGGUUCCCUCCCAUCAGUUAAUUUCACACUUAUUUCAUUUUAAUGGUGCACCUAAAAACAAGGUUGAGGGAGGUGGAUGAAAACAUUAAAGAUUCAAGUUGUUUAAUUUCUUCCUCCUUCCAUUGGCAAAA